AAGAUUACGGUCUGGAGUGGGCCCUUUUGUGUUCAAAGUUACUAAACAUGAAUCACCUUUAGGUAAUAUGUUUUAUAUUUUCCUCCUUUUCUUGGUGGCGGUCUCUCAAGUUUUGGGUACUACGGAAUCUGAUGACUCGAAGACUGUACGCGAGUCGCAAAUGUCUGUUUCUACUUUGAACAGAAGAUGGCUUAAAAGUACAAGUGUGGGUCGAGAUCUGAGUUUGGCCACAACAUUCGACAGCGAGGAACCUGACAGACCAGAUAUUCCAAGUGACUUUGAUGCAAAGUACGGCCUCGACAAAAAUAAAUUCAAAAGAACUCCAUACCCAAUCUUAAGCAGAAGGGAGACUUAUGAGGAUUACGGGGCUGCCCCAAGAGGAGAAGACAUUAUCAAAACUGAAGAAAUUAGUUUUGAUUUCAGUUCUUCUGUAAGUAAAAAAAAGAUGAAAAGGUCAGUUCGGCCAAACCGAAAAUGACCCAACAGUCAACAAAACCAUCAAACUCUAGUAAAACCUUAAAAACUUUUCAAAAUUCAAAAUUGGCCCUUGAAGAAAGAGAAGAGAAUAAAUUGAAACAAAAUUCAAAAUCUAAGGAUAAGAAUGACGCCCAAGCAGUUAAGAGUUUUCAAAAUAACCUAUCAACAAAAUCACAGUCAGAAGUAAAGCCACCACUCCAGGCUGCAGAGGAUAAAAUUUAUUUAUCAAGUACGAAGACUCAAAAUUCUCCAAAAAGCCCACUCCAGUCACCACAAUUUGAGACAGAAAGUGUCCUGCGAACAACCCGAAACAGCCAAGACUUUACCAAUACAGAAACACUACUCACGACCACUCCAGCAAUCCAAGUAAAAGAAUCAACGGAAAUUCCUCCAACUAUUUCCAGUGGUGCAGAAUCUGUACCAGUAGCCACAUUUUCAUUAGAAACAACCCCAGUUUAUGUAGAAAAUAUCCCUUCUAACACAAAGCAACCCACUCCUGAAGAAUCGCCACUACCAAAGAAAGUUGAAGACAAGAUCCAGAAAUCUCCUUCCAUACCAACAGAGCCUCCAUUGCCAAGCAAUGCUGAAGAUGUCUUUCCUAAGCUGAACAAGCCAAAGGGAAGAAGGGCUCCGGUUAGAAUAGUUUUAAAACCUCCUCCAGAAGAUUGGCCUCAACCUGAAGCAAUAAAGGGUGGAAAACAGGUCUCAGUUCCACCAGAAUUCACCGCAAAUCUUCCUCCAAUGGGCUCCAUUGUGGAAUCAGGAAAACGGAAAUCGGGUUUCAAAUCAGACUCAUUCGUAUCCCCCCCUUACAUGGGCCAUGUUAAAAUAGACUUGGUGCCCAAACCAGAAAGGCCUACCAAUAUUAAUAAAUUCACCAACAAUGAAACAUUUACCAGUCCAACCAAGUGGAGAUUAAGGGGCCGGAAAGACAGACCAACUUAUGGAGGGUACAUCAAGCCUGGAUUGUCAGUGGUUCUCACUAUGAAACCCUCGAAUGAUAAACUCUUCAAUGCAGGCAAUAUAAGCUUCAUUACACCGUCAACACGAAGUACUCGCCCAUUCCGAACUUAUAUCAACUUCAGACAGAGAGGUCCAAUGAACGUCGGUCGACUGUACGGCCCUCUGCCUCCCCCUCCUCCUCCGUUCCCUCAACCGCAGCCUCCUCCGCACUUCCAUGCUCCCUUCAAUCCCCCACCCUUCCAACACUCACAGUUCCCCCACCCCCCGUUCCCCGCUUAUAGAGGACCACCACCACCCAGGUUCCGACCUCCUCCUCACCCGAGGUUUAGUCAACCUCGACCCCCGAUGCCCCCGUUUGGGGCUCCUCCAUUUCCACCCGGACCUAUUCCACCGGGGCCUCCCCCACCACCACAUUUUCAGAGACCACCACCACCGCCACCGCCACCACCUCCACAGUAUGGGCCAAUCCCACCCCCUACUCCUCCUGAACCAUUCCCUUCACAUUUGCCUAACAUUCCUCCUCCCCCGCCUUCCCCGUAUCCCACCGGAGUGGUUUUCCCGACUGUGCGACCCUUUUACGAGAAUAUACCCACGAUCAGUCCGAUAGACAAUGUUCCUGCGCCGUGGCCUCGACGGCAGAUCUACACAGGGACGUUCCAACCGAGAACUUUUGUGCCGAGGAAUUUCAGCGCUUACAAAGGGCCUAGGCGGGGAAGGGCAUAUGAGCAGUUCGGCAAAGCAGAUCUCAAGCCAAAGCGGGUUAGGUUUUACGAUGAAAUGACCUUGAGAGGAACACCAAAAAGUCCUGUAGUUCGGGGGCUUGGUUAUGGAAUGGAUUUCCAAACUGAUGUGACAAGACCUCCAUAUGUGCCAGGACCUAUGUUUGUGAGAAGGACAUGGCCCACGAGAGAAAAUAGAUUCGGAUACGAACCUUACAGAAGAUCAAGUGAUAGGAGAAGGCCCUUUGGAAGUUUUGGGAGGUACGGCGCUGAUAAGCCUCCUGUGCUGGGGGAUUUUGGACAGUUUAAGCCAUACAAAAGAGUGGAUUUUGGAGGAAAAUCAGUGUACAACUUUUCCCGUCCUACCAGAUCGUACACCUUCCCUCCAAGGCUUCAGAUGGCCAUUAGGAACGCUACUUACCAGCGCCGAUCCUUUAGAAGGUUCGACCGGGAACGCUUUGACAGACAAUCUCUGGGAUACAUCCCCUCAGGCACUUAUAAGACAUAUGGCCUCGGAGACCACAUAUCCCAUGAUCAUGAUUACCAUGGAAACUUGAUCACUCGCAAAGGCCGUAUCAUGAACAUGCAAGAUCUUAAAAAGCUUUUCGAGGUUGCAACAAAAACUGCUCCUAUUGUAGCAGCGAUGGAAGCCGCACCAACAGCAUCGGUGGUGAGAGAUAUUGUGACAGAAGUGGCAGCCGCUGUUACGGAGGCUGGUGUAGACAUGCCAUUAGCAACGGAGGCUGGUGUAGACAUGCCAACAGCAAUGGGGGCUAGUGUAGACAUGCCAUCAGCUAUGGGGGCUGGUGUAUACAUGCCAUCAGCAACGGGGGCUGGUGUAGACAUGCCAUCAGCAACAGGGGCUGGUGUAGACAUGCCAUCAGCAAUGGGGGCUGGUGUAGACAUGCCAUCAGCAACAGGGGCUGGUGUAGACAUGCCAUCAGCAACGGGGGCUGGUGUAGACAUGCCAUCAGCAACAGGGGCUGGUGUAGACAUGCCAUCAGCUGUGGGGGCUGGUGUAGACAUGCCAUUAGCAACGGGGGCUGGUGUAGACAUGACAUCAGCUAUGGGGGCUGGUGAAGACUUACCAUCAGCAACAGGGGCUAGUGUAGACAAGCCAUCAGUGACUGUGAAAAAGAUUAAAAUGAAGAGACCGAUGACUCUACCGCCCUUAGAACUGGAGGAUUUUGAAGUGGUGACUACCGUCCCAGAAGAGACGGUCAACAAAAUGAUGGAGGAGUUUAUGAGAGCCAAGCCACAAGCGAAACCAGUUGGCAUGACAGCGAAAGAAGCCCUGAGAGCAGCAGCUAGAGAAGCUAUCAGGGACGCAGAGAAGGAAGCUUACGACCGAGGGGAGACCAUCGGAGGUGGUAUUGGCAGGAGAAAGAAGGGAGGGUUUGCACCCAGAGGGGAGAGAGGACGUGGACGGGGAAGAGGAAGGGGGAGGGGAGGCUUUAGGUUCGGCAAUGGAGCGAAGAAUUUCCGGAGAGCCAAGCGGUCUGUUGAGGUAGAGGAUCUGUUGGAGCGACAGACGAGAGUUAGAAGAGGGUUAAGGUUGGAUAGUGGCAACACUGACUACAUCACAGGCCCCGGGGCUCAUAGUAGCUCUUCCAAUAUCGGAGGAAGCCGGAUGGGAGAAGACCCACCUUUGAGGAUGAGAAGGUUACAUCCACUGAGGGGAAAGGGAAGGCCUAGACGAGGAUAAGAUGAUUCACUAGAAAAAUUGGAGAAAAAAAUUGAGAACUCACCAGAACAAAUGGACCCAAUAUUACACUCUACUCCUAGUAUGAGAGCUAGCUAUAGGCUAGAAAUAGACACAUUUUUUACAAAUCAAAACUCUAAAAUGGAUUGUAAUCUGUUUUAAAUUAAUGUGUUAACAUCUGCAGCUGGGGCUAGAAAAUAUAUAUCAAAAUCAAUACACAUUUCAAUGUUUAUGAUUGGGUUGGCGAUUUUUAGUCAAGACUGGUCAACCGUAAUCAAAUUUUUCUUUCAAAUUUUGAAAAUGUUUUUACAACACAUAGUUUGUGGCUUCAGAUUCAGAUUUAACACUUAUGUUAAACAUUGUUUAGUGACAUUGUUUAAUCAACUUAUUGUCUGACAGUAUAGAAUAAGUAGUUCCUACUACAACCAACUUUUAGUCAAAGCUCCUACUUAGGAAAUAUCAGUUUCAGGUUUAAUUUAGGAGCUGUUUAUCAGCUUUCUUUUGUAAUGUUUAUUGAAUACCAUGAUAAUUGCUAUCAAUAAGUAUAAGAUGAGAUACUUCUCAAUGUCUUUCGACAAUAAUUUCAACUUAUAACUAUGUAACAAAUUGUAGCUUUGUUUUUCCUAUUACAAAAUUGUCUUUAAAAAACAGUUUAAAGUGAGAAUUUGUCUUUGACAUGCAACAGUGUAAAAUUGUAAAUUUACAA